AGUGAAAGUUAUGAACAAGCAUAUAAAGGUUGUGCAAGCAGCGGUGAGGCAUAUAUCUACUGAGCACAGCUGAGCGGACACACACAGAGGGACAAAAUGAACUCUCUGACACUAUGGGCAGGUGCUCUGCUUAUAUUGAGCGUCAGUCUAUGGAGCUGUGCAACAGCUCAGAACGAUGCGGCAGCAGAUUGUUGUUUAACCACCAGCACCCGACACAUCCCGCAGAAGGUGGUGAAGUCCUUCACCCUUCAGACCGGUGAUGGAGCAUGCAAAAUUCCUGCCACUAUAUUUGUCACAAAGAAGGGCUUGAAGCUCUGCGCACCAUUUCCAGGUGAAAAUGACUGGGUGAGCAAACUGAUCAACUACAUACUAGCAGGACCUGCAAAACCCCCCACAAAACAUAGAGGAAAGAAGCAGAGACAACAGUAAUGACACCAUUACAGAUUCAGCCUGCUCUCACACUACAUGCACCAAUGAUACUGAUCCUGGAACAGAUAGCUGAUAUUACUUAACCUCUUAAUAGUAAAUACUCAUUCUCAUGUUUACUACAUGUGUACUCUGGUGGAGCAGGUCAAUUGUAAAUCUACUGUCCUAUGAAUAAGCUUUACAAGAUAUGAACAAUCUUUGAAAUGUGAACCCUUCCACUACACGGUCUUCUUGAAGAGAUUUGAAGCUAAAUAAUUCCUAAUUUCCAUCACUUUCUGAGUUUGUAUUCUGUCUACAUUGUAUAAAGUAACUGUGUUUCCUGAGCCACUGAAUGAAAAUAUUUUUCUAUAUUUCCACUUUCUAUUUUGGAAUAUAAAUAAAGGAUUUUACAUUUUAAAUAUGA